AUGGCAGAUAACGGUGAAGGUUCGUCGUUGAACCCACCUCGAUCGAUCCCCAUUUCCACUUCGUCUAUUCGAUCAACGUCGCCGGCGCCAGAAGGCACUAGGCAGGCGUCUAUUGCACGGCUGGCAUCUCCUGUUCCUUCUCCGUCUCUGGGGACGUCUCUCUCUUCUCGGCAGGGUAUCCCGACCAGCCGACCGAUCACCACUGCGACCUCGGCCGCCGAGCACAACUUCCGAGCAGUCGACAAUCCAUCUUCACUACCUGGUCCCGGGCAGUCUAUGCUUGCAUCCCAGCUGCAAGAAAGCCUCGGUCGUUCACCUCCCAAAUUCGGCACGCCCUCCCGCCUUGCGGGUUCUCCCCUGACCCAGCCAACUCUCGAUAGCCGCCCCGUGGGCUCUCAGUACGGCUCUUUCGACAACAAGCCCGACCACGAUCCGCACGGUGUAGGGGCAUUUGAAGACCCAGAGGUGGUCAAGAGACAUCUUGUCCUGCCCCAGAAUGGCUCUGACCACCCACAGGCCGGCUCGGAGCUAGGAACCAGCGUCGGAGACGACGAAUUCUCGAGUCUGCAGCUGCAGGGAGGAGACAUCACCCGUCAAGUGUAUCGAUGGGCAGAAGAUGCGGAUGCAGCCCGGUUUGCGCGCAGCAAGAGCUUCAGUGUCAGUCGGCCAGCCCCGGAGGCGGAGAUUGAGGAUAUCAACACCAUUCGUGUACCAGGAGGCUUCCGGAGAGAUUUCUUGCGGCGAACGGCGGGCAGCCCGCACCGAGGAAGUGUGCAAGGAUCCAACUCGGGAGCAGGUCCCGCUCAGCCUCAGCUUCCCACGUCAAGUUUCUUGGAGUUUUUGACCCUCUAUGGCCACUUUGCCGGUGAGGAGCUAGAAGAGGAUGACGAAGUGUUGGGUCCGGACGAGUAUUUCUCAUCUGACACCUGGGAUGAGGGAGAUGAGCCCAGAGAAUCUGGUGAAGAUGCAGCACUGCUUCAAGGUGACACUGCUGGCCGCAAGAAGCGAAAGCACAAGCAGCGUGCCCCACCGGGAAACACUACUACCACCGGCGCAGUCAUGCUGCUACUCAAGUCCUUUGUAGGUACUGGUAUCCUGUUCUUGCCUCGCGCCUUUUUGAAUGGUGGCAUGCUGUUCAGCAGCAUGGUGCUACUAGGUGUAUCAAUUUUGAGCUAUUAUGCCUUCAUUCUUCUAGUGAACACUCGCAUGAAAAUUGAGGGCUCUUUUGGUGACAUCGGCGGCAUCCUGUUCGGCAAGCACAUGAGGCGCAUCAUUCUUGGGUCUAUUGUGCUGAGCCAAUUGGGUUUCGUAUCAGCCUACAUCGUUUUCGUGUCGCAAAAUCUCCAGGCAUUUGUGUUGGCUGUGAGCAAGUGCAAGUCUUUCAUUGAUAUCAAGUUUAUGGUCUUGCUGCAACUGGUGAUCUUCUUGCCUCUUUCCUUGAUUCGGGAUAUCAGCAAGCUCGGGUUCACUGCGCUUAUUGCCGAUGCCUUCAUCCUUUUAGGUUUGUUAUACAUCUACUAUUAUGAUGCUCGAACUUUGAUCGGCAAUGGUGGGAUAUCAGAUAUCAAAUCCUUCAACCCGACAACGUGGUCCAUGUUUAUUGGGACGGCCAUUUUCACCUAUGAGGGUAUUGGUUUGAUCAUUCCUAUCCAGGAAUCCAUGAGACAACCGCGCCGCUUCCCCGGUGUUCUGGCUGGUGUUAUGGUUGUUAUCACCCUGAUAUUCCUGUCUGCAGGUGCCCUGAGCUAUGCAGCGUACGGGUCCGCAACCAAAACGGUCAUUUUGCUCAAUCUGCCCCAAGAUGAUAAGUUUGUCAACGUGGUUCAGCUCCUCUAUUCUAUGGCCAUCCUCCUCAGCACGCCCCUCCAGCUCUUUCCCGCCAUCCGUAUCUUGGAGAAUGAAUUGUUCACUCGCAGUGGCAAAUACAACCCCUAUAUUAAAUGGAAGAAGAAUGUCUUCCGUUUUUUCCUGGUAUUCAUUUGUGCUAUCGUCGCCUGGUGCGGCGCCGAUGAUCUGGACAAGUUUGUUUCGCUGGUCGGAAGCUUUGCUUGUGUACCUCUAAUCUACGUGUACCCGCCCCUUCUUCAUCUUCGCGCUUGUGCGCGUUCUAAACGCCAGGCGAUUGCCGAUAUCACGCUCGCCACCUUCGGCGUGAUCUGCUGCAUCUACACGACUGCACUGACCCUGAAAAAUUGGGUUGGUGCCAGUGCGCCCCAGAGCCCGGGAUACUGUGAUUCGCAGUAA